GUUGUGCUUUAGGCUGUGUGCAUAAGCUGUUGGAUUUUCCUCCAGGGAGUCUGGGAGGGCCCCAAUCCCAGCUCUUACAGAGAGACAUCAGCACAAGUGCAUUUUGUGUUGGACACUGGUGGAGUGUCACACUGGAUCAAACGUCUUCACCUUCCCACGAGAGCAUCCCCUCACUGGUGGCAGUUAUGUCAAAUUCUGCCAGAAGUUUAGCAGACGUCUCACUGUAUCGACCCCGAAUGGCAUUGACAGACGACUCCCUCACUCAGUUGGAUCGUACCAGGUGGGACUUGGACAAGACCAAAGUCAAUAUGAACAGUGUGGAGCAUACCAAUGUCCCCAGUCUGUACCUGUCCUGCUUCGACAUGCUACUCACACAGGACACUCAGUGUCUGGACAAAGUGUCAGAAGCAUCUCCGACCUCAGCUUCGCCCAUGACUCUGCUGGAGCUGAGAGACGAGCCCGAACAGUGUCCCAUCAUUGACAGCCAGGAGCAGGGACUGUCCCCCUGUGGCAUGGAGGAGCAAGAGGAGGACCGCUCACUGGAGCAAGUGCAGAGUAUGGUGGUGGGCGAGGUGCUCAAAGACAUUGAAACGGCCUGCAAACUUCUCAACAUUCCACCAGACCCCUUUGAGUGGAAUUCCAGUCAUGUCCAGAAGUGGCUACUGUGGACAGAGCAUCUCUACAGGUUGCCUAACGUAGGGAAGGUUUUCCAGGAGCUGUCAGGGAAAGACCUCUGCGACAUGAGCGAAGAGGAGUUUCGACAGCGAUCCCCCCACUGUGGAGACACACUACAUGCUCAUUUGGAUAUCUGGAAGUCAGCUGCCUGGAUGAAGGAAAGAUGCACAGUGGCAGACACCAAAGUGACUGUGGGGCUGUGGUCUGAGGCAGACUCUUCCUCCUCAGGACAGCCCAUUCAUCUGUGGCAGUUUCUAAAAGAACUUCUUCUAAAACCACACAACUAUGGACGCUGUAUCCGCUGGCUAAAUAAAGAAAAAGGUAUUUUCAAAAUAGAAGACUCGGCUCAUGUGGCCAGACUCUGGGGCCUCCGGAAGAACAGACCUGCCAUGAACUAUGACAAGCUGAGCCGCUCCAUCCGCCAGUACUACAAGAAGGGCAUCAUCCGCAAACCAGAUGUGUCCCAGAGACUGGUGUACCAGUUUGUCCACCCAGUGUGAGGGACGAGGUACAACAUGAAAGACUCUGAGAGGAGGGAGGGAUCAAGAAUGCACUGAUCAACGAAAAUGUAGAUAUAGAUAUACUGUAUAGUAUAUUUUAUAGUAAAAAGACAUUUCAAAUAGACCAAAGAUGCUGAAGUGCCACUGAUGUAAGCCUGUAUACGAAUACUUAAUGGCUUUGGCUGAAUACCUUUUUAAUCAUAGUUGUAGUAAUUGCAAUAUUGCAAUUGAACACCA